AAAAAAAAUGAAGAAGAGCAGCAGCCACAAUUUGAUAACCCUCUCACAACUCGAACAACACGACGGAGUGAAAAAUUCACAACUCUGGAUACUUCUCUAUGGGAAAGUGUACGAUAUUACUGAAUUUGCUGAUAAACAUCCUGGUGGUCGUGAAAUGAUAGAAACAGCUUGUGCAAGAGAUUCUACUGCACUGUUUGAAUCGUAUCAUUUGUCAUCCCAUUCGAUUAGUAGAAUAUUCUUGAGAGAUGAUGGGAAUAAUAAUAAUCAGUCGAUGAUUAAGUAUAUUGGUGAAUUUGAUGAAGAAACAAAGCAAGAAGAUGUAAAUGAUUCCAAGAUCAAGUUUAAUUUCACAGAUUACAAGAUUGCAAAGAAACAAGAAAAUAGAACGAUGAAUAUUUAUGAAAUUUUGAAAGAGCAAAUAAGAAAUGACUUGUUUAUUCCUGCCCUUACAAGACAAGAUUUUAAUCUUAACAUUAGAAGGGUUUCUCUCUUGAGAUUGUUGAAUGCAAUCUUCAUUUUCUCAGGGUUGUUAGCUUGUCAGCUUUUAUCUCAAUACUUGACAGGAUUACACCUGUCACUUGCCAUUAUUCUAGCAUUCUUGGGAGGUGUAUUUCACCACUUGUCCCUUGUCCACGUUGCUCAUGAUGCUGGACAUGGAAGUUUCACAGAUUUCCCAACCUUGUGGAGAAUGAUUGGACAUGGUUGUUCCUAUUUGUUGGGACAAUCAUUCUAUCUUUGGACCAUUAGACAUAACAUUGCUCACCAUGUAUAUACGAAUAUGAGUGAAAUCGAUCCAGAUAUCAGUAUUUAUGAAAGAGGUAACGUAAAUUCACAAGAAAGAUCACUACCUGAUAAAAAGUAUCCUAAAUCAGGAGAGAAAACCUCCACCCCAAUCAAGAUUAUUUUAGUUAUUGUUUAUAUGCAACUUAAGGAUUUGGCACAUUAUUGGAGGAGACGUGUUAGUGAUGGUGUUGGAUUUGCAUCCCCAACUUGGAGCUUUACAACAUUCCAUUUCUAUGCAAGUAAGAUUGUCUUUGUAAUGUACCGAUUAAUCUUGCCAAUGGUCCUCUUUUACUCUACAGAUGGUCAUUUCGGUAGAAAUGCAUUAGAAUCUGUACUGAUAUUUAGUGUUACUGAAGUUGUAGCAGGUCUGUUAUUUGGUUUCUUUUCUCAAAUCAAUCACAUCUCUGAGAAGUGUAAAUUCAGUCACUUGAAGGAAGGAGCCCUCAACAAUAGAGACGAAUUGGAUUGGGCAACUAUCCAAAUCACAACAAGUGUCGACUAUUGUCAUGACAGUUAUUUGUGGACCUAUCUAUCUGGGUUUUUGAACCACCAAGUUAUUCAUCACUUAUUUCCAAGUAUUAACCCAUGGCUAUAUCCAAAGAUUGUUCCAAUCGUUAAGAAAGUCUGUAAGGAGAAUAACAUUGAAUAUACCAUUUACAACAACUUUUGGGAUGCUAUGACUGCUCAUGUGAGACAAGUGACCAGUUUUGUGGAUACCAAGAAGCUUCUUGCUGAAAUAAAUUAAUUGGAAAAUUUUAUU